UCCCUGCUGCUCUCGCUACAGAAACAAAUGUUACAUUGUUUCGUCUCGUGUAUAAACACAGUCUCUCUAAUCCAGAUCUGGUUCUGUAGCGACACAACAGGAAACGGUCCCUUGUGAUGGAGGUGGGAUGACCGGAAGAGCCGCUGCAACAGCUCGACGGAAAAAACACUGAAACAAACGGACAGUGGCGACGUGCGAUUGGAUGGAAACGGAGAGGUAACCAGACUUGGUUUGUUACAGCUCGUCUCUGAACCAGACUGGCUUCUGAUUUCAGACAUGAAGGAACUGUUGAGCGAGCUCGAUCCGUCACUCCUCUCCCGAAGAGAGAGGAUGGAGGAAGAAUGAAUCGUCACGGCUGUGCAGAGACCGUAGAGCAGGAUGUCCUCGGGUCGUGAUGAUGGAAGUGAAAUGAGAUUGUUUUUAGUUAUCGUGCGUUUCACAGAUUCCAUUAUGCACCAGUGUCUGCAGUGACUGAAGCGCCGUUUCUUCCACCUGCUCGAUGCCACUUCAGGCUGCUCUCACCGGCUGUAGCUGGCGUUAACGCGACGCCGUACCACUCUCCCGCCUGGCUUGUGCACCGGCUGCUUCCUGCAGCACCACGGACAGCGACCAUGACUCGGCUGCGCAGGAAAGCUCUCAUCGCACUUUUCCUCUUCACGCUCUUCAUUUUCGGGACCAUGAUGGGACUCAGGACGCUGAAGCCCAGCGACGGCUUCUCGGACAUGGCCCCCGGGAUGGACUUCAUCGGGGAGAGGUCCGACAGGCGGCGGCUGGACGUGAAAGACGUGGUGGUGUCGCCGGGUCAGUUCCACAUGGGCAGCAGCGACACUAAAGUGGUUUUCACCAAAUCCGACAGAGAUUACAGCAUUUUCUAUGAUGUGCACAUAUUCUACUACCUGUGGUACGGCUCUCCCAGCAUGGACAACAAGUACAUUCACUGGGAUCACGUGUUGGUGCCACACUGGGACCCUAAGAUUGCAGCCAGUCAUGCCCAAGGAAGGCACACACCUCCAGAAGACAUUGCCUCAAGUUUUUACCCUGAGCUGGGACCCUACAGCUCCAGGGACCCAAAGGUGCUGGACUCACACAUGGCCCAGAUAGAAGCGGCUGCAGCAGGGGUGCUGGUGUUGUCCUGGUAUCCUCCCGGGGUGGCGGACGACCACGGGGAGCCCACAGAGGACCUGGUUCCUGCUGUCAUGGACGCCGCCCACAGGCACAGCAUCAAGGUGGCCUUUCACAUCCAGCCGUACAAAGGGCGGACGGACCAGAGCAUGCAUGACAACAUCAAAUACAUUACUGACAAGUAUGGAAAACACAGCGCCUUCUACAGAUUCAGGUCCAGCACGGGGCGAAUCCUGCCUCUGUUUUAUGUCUACGACUCCUACCUGACACCACCAGAGUCCUGGGCGGAGCUCCUGACAGCUAAAGGCUCCCACAGCGUCAGGGGCACGCCUUACGACGGCAUUUUCGUCGCCCUCAUCGUCGAGGAGCGCCACAAACACGACAUCCUAGCUAGCGGCUUCGAUGGUAUGUACACCUACUUUGCCUCCAACGGAUUCUCCUUCGGUUCAUCCCACCAGAACUGGAAAGCCAUCAAGACCUUCUGCGACGCAAACAAUCUACUGUUCAUCCCCAGCGUCGGCCCGGGGUACGUAGACACGGCCGUCCGACCGUGGAACAACCAUAACACCAGGAACAGGGUGAACGGACGCUACUACGAGACAUCCCUGCAGGCAGCUCUGUCCGUCAGACCAGAGAUCGUCACCAUCACAUCCUUUAAUCAAUGGCACGAAGGAACGCAGAUAGAGAAGGCGGUACCUAAGAAAACAGUCACCCGUUUGUACCUGGACUACCAACCCAACCAGCCUGGCCACUACCUGGAGCUCACGCGUCAGUGGGCUGAGAACUUCAACAAGGAGAAGGACAAAUGGCUGAUGUGAACAUGGUUUAUUUACCCCGGUAGAUACGCUGAGCCUCUCACUGUAGAAAGACAACAACUUUAUGUUUGUACAUGUACUCGUUUCUCUCCGUUACUCUAGCACCGCUGAUGAGCUUUUCCCUCCAAACCUUCACUCUACUGUCACUGUUUUUAAUCACUAACAUUUUUUGUACAGGUUAAUAAUGUCGCCGCUUUGUCGGAUCUACAAGGUCACAGCGACGGAUAAUCGUCAUUUCCUGAUUAACAAAAUCAGUUCGGUAUCUGUUUGAGACGUCGAGAAAGUGUGGCUAUGUACAGUAACUCUGCUCUGUAGGGUUUUUCUUUUUUUCUUAUUUUCUUAUGAUAGGAGAUUGUUCUUGUUCUAAGAAUGUUCUUCCCUGUAUUUCCUUGA